GGGGGAUUCGGUUAAUUGUGGAAUUCCGUUUAAAUCAGAUGCGUAGAUACCUAGGCAAUGAGUACUAGUUUGUUUAGGGAAUAUUCCUGUUCACUCAGUGGUUCGGGGACUUCAAUAUGAGUCUGUGCACCCACUGUUGGAAUCUAGUGAGCAGCCAACAGAGUGACAACCUUGAGACUCCAUUGUCCGAAAAAUGUGUUGUCAGUGGGCUGAAAAUUGGGCUGUGGAGUUAAAAUUAUAAUCAGGCAAAGCUUGGAAAGCUCGAUGAAGUAACGAGGCCCCGACAGAAACUCAUUUACCCCGCAGUAAUCCGAAUAAUCUCGAGCUUUAACAAUCCAUCCUCUCUUUCUGGCAGGCUGCUUAUCCAAGAGUGAAAUUCAACUCGGCAACUCCCUUCCCGUUUUCUCUCUCAAGCUGACUUUUCGAUCUACGAGACAUCGCACUUCCAAACCAUACCAUACCAUGUCUCCUCAUGACAGCAUAGUUUUUAAUGUGUUCAAAGGUUCUAAAGCUGGGGAUAUCAUCGAGUCCGAUUCAAAACGUCCAGCUUUGAGUGGUGAUCAAGUCUUGAUCUCUGUUUCUGCGUCCGGUCUUUGCGGUGGUGAUUUGCUGUUCAAGCACAAUGAUAUGACUCUUGGACACGAAGGUGUUGGUGUCGUCGUUGCAACUGGCCCGGAAGUCCAAAGUCUCACAAAAGGCGUUCGCGUAGGAUGGGGAUUUUUACAAGAUACCUGUGCAAAUGCAAGCAAUGCGAGUGCGGAACUGACGUGUUCUGCCCGGAGCGAAAGAUACCUUGAUCAGGGUAGUCUGGCUUACGGCAUUGUCAAGAAGGAGAGCCGACUGUUUCUGAUUCCUAAAGAGCUUUCCGAUGAAGAAGUAGCACCCUUAAUGUGUGCUGGAGCUACGGUCUUCAAUGUGCUCGACACCUACGACGUGAAACCAACUGAUCGCAUAGGUGUCAUCGGUGUUGGUGGACUCGGCCAUCUAGCUAUUCAAUUUGCAUCGAAAAUGGGCAAUGAAGUCAUUGCCUUCUCCAGCACUCAAUCCAAAGAAUCUGAUGCUCUAGCUUUUGGCGCUAGCGCUUAUUACAAUGAUUUAAAUACCAAAGAGGCCAGCCUCGGUGGCGCUCUUGACGUCCUCAUUGUGACUGCUCCCGCCCUACCAAACUGGGGUAUCUACCUCCCUUUCUUGGCUCCCAAAGCUAAGAUCUUUGCACUCCCUAUUGGGCCUGGAAAUCUCGCACUACCCAAUAUGCCACUAUUGUUAAAUGGUAUCACGAUUCAAGGAAGUGUGUUAGCACCUACAAAUGUGCACAAGCGCAUGCUGGAUUUUGCUGCCGCUAAAGGCGUAAAGCCAAAAGUACACAAGUUUUUGAUGGACCGUGAUGGUAUUGUUGAAGCUUUCGGAGUAUUAAAGGAAGGAAAAAUGAGAUAUCGUGAAGUCUUAGUCGUACCAGAAGAGAACCGACUUAAGUGAACUGUUGGUGAAUUUUCUUCCAGAGAGGGUACCAGAAUUUUGAGUAGGUCUAGAUAUUGAAAAUUACAGACCUUGAAAGCAAUUUAUUUGAGCCAAAAAAACUUCUAUCAUUAUCAGUCUUAUGUUCUCUCAUGCUGUCUUCACGUCAGCAACUCACC